AUGAACACGAUGAACAAUCAAGAUCCAAGACCCCAGGAGCAGCGGUGCAAAGUAUGCUUCUGCUGCUUCCAUCUCGAGGAUCGAGCCAGCAUCCAGGCAUUCGCGGCACUGUGCUUCAUAUCCAAUGCCCUUGUGCUACUGCUCCUCUUCUUCAUCGUGGUCAAUCCCGAAGAGGCCACCGUCUUCUUCAAGCUGAACAGCAUCGACACCAACGUGGGGCAGAUCACAGCUAUUCCCGUGCCUUACGUGGUGACCACCACCAUCAGCAUCAUGGUGGACCUUUUUCUGCUGAUCGCCAUCGAAGAUAAUUGCCAGCCAGCCCUGCGUACGUUCAUCCGAUGGAGCUCUUUCUGCACCGGUUUCGAAGUGCUGUCCUGGGUCGGUCUCUUAGCGUGGAAGGCCAGCAGAGACAACUACUCGUUUUUCUACGUACCAACUUUGCUGGUCCUGGUCGCAGUUGCAUUUAAAGUAUACACCAUCCUCCGUCUAAAGAAGUACGUCAAGGUGUUGGAGUCUGCUCCCAAAAUUACGUAUGCCGCCCAAUAA